AUGAAAAUCCUGCUGACCUGUUUGCCGAGACCAUGGAUCGUGGAUGAGAAGAAGGAUGAUGGGUACACGGCGCUUCAUCUGGCUGCCUUAAACAACCAUGUAGAGGUGGCUGAGCUAUUAGUGAACCAGGGUCAUGCUAACCUGGACAUUCAGAAUGUGAACCAACAGACAGCUUUGCAUCUAGCUGUAGAGAGACAACAUACUCAGAUUGUCAGGUUGUUAGUGAGGGCUGGUGCUAAAUUAGACAUCCCUGACAAGGAUGGCGACACACCACUACAUGAGGCUCUUAGGCAUCACACCUUGUCACAGCUGCGUCAACUGCAGGACAUGCAAGAUGUUGGCAAGGUGAGCACAAGGAUUGUUAAAAAGAACCAACUGCUGAUGGGUCUAGGUAACCAAUCAGGAGAUAAGAAGAGUAGCGCCUCAAUAGCGUGCUUCCUAGCUGCAAAUGGAGCUGACCUUAAUGCUAAGAAUAAGAAGGGUCAAUCACCGAUGGACCUAUGCCCCGAUCCCAACCUCUGCAGAGUUUUAGCUAAAUGUCACUCAGACAACAACUGUCAAAUGAACUCUAACCUCCGAAUCAUACCAACCAUGGAGCAAGAAUCUCUAGAGGAAUGCAUGGUUUGUUCCGAUAUGAAGAGAGAUACUUUAUUUGGACCCUGUGGUCACAUUGCUACCUGUUCUCUCUGCUCACCAAGGGUUAAGAAGUGUCUGAUAUGUAAAGAACAGGUGCAGUCCAGGACUAAGAUUGAGGAAUGUGUAGUCUGUUCAGAUAAGAAGGCUUCUGCAUUAUUUCAGCCUUGUGGUCACAUGUGUGCCUGUGAUGGUUGUGCCAGCCUAAUGAAGAAGUGUGUACAGUGUAGAUGCCAGAUUGAUAAAUUGAUCCCCUUUGUUGUUUGCUGCGGAGGAAAAGCUCCUACUGUGGCCUCUAACAACACAGCCAAACCACAGAAAAUGAAUAAUGCUAACAGUGAAGUUAAUAAACUUGAGCAGCAACUGCAAGAUAUCAAAGAGCAGACUAUUUGUCCUGUGUGUUUGGAUCGAAUCAAGAACAUGAUCUUCCUGUGCGGCCAUGGAACAUGCCAGCUGUGUGGAGAUAGAAUGUCUGAAUGCCCCAUAUGUAGAAAGUCUGUAGAGAAACGAAUCUUACUUUACUAAAGGCAGUCCACAAUACACCGCAGCGUUUCCCUGUUCCAGGGAUAAAGAGAAAUGAAUCUUACUUUACUAAAGGCAGUCCACACUGUUCAUCCCUGUGCGAGAGAUAUCCAGCCUAUUGGAGGUUGCACAGUAGCAAACAGAUGCAGAUGCACAAAGGGUGACCUGUUUUUUUUUGUGGCAGGCAAACUUCUGUGUAUUGCAUUGGAGUUUGCACAUUUGUUUUACACCGAUUUCCACAAAAUAUUGGGUGAUAAUAGUAAGUUGCGCUUUUAUACAAAUGCCCUGUAACUACUGUCAUUGUUAUAUUAAAAUAUUGUAAAAUAAUAUCUGAAUAUGAUUUGAGAUUUGCCCUUAUUUCAUACUGAAAAUGUGAUAAUGUACACUGGCAUUUGAUUCUCAUGCAAGAUGUUAAGAUGUUAUAUUUUCUUCCAUACACUUUGUGCCUGUCAGUAUUUGAUCCAUAUGACUCUUUUGUAAUUCUGUGAUGUCACGGUUCCCAUCAGUUACAUCUGACAGUAACAUUCUCAGCUUAUGAUAAACUGAAUGAAGUUUCCUCUUACUACUGUACUAUGUGCAAGCGCAAAAUAUCUGCACUAGCUGUGUUACGUUAUCAAAGAAUGCUUUGUACUAUAGAGUUCACAUGCACACAAGCAAACAUCUGACAAGCAAAAACAUUCUUACAUGAAUCCCAAUGCGCUUUACACAAUCAAUAGAGUCAAAAGAAACAUUAAGUCAAAGUUUAAACAGGAGGGGGGGUGAUAAGGAGUUUAAAUUGUUCCAGAGAUGUACAUCAAAGGGGAUUCCAAUUUAUAUUUAUUGUAUUUACAAGUCACUGAAUGACAACAAGGGUUGUGUCAUGCAUGAUGUGCAAGGAUUUAUUUGAUUCAGUUUAUCAAAAUAUUUGAGAGGGAAUUGUUUAUAAUCAGCGAUAGAAUUUUGAUUUUGUUUAGGUAUAGGAUUUAUAAUUUAUAAAUUAUGUAAUGUAUUAAAUAAAUUGCAGAGUACAUGUACUGACAGUUGUUUGAAAAGGUGCCCUGCAUUUAUGCUUGGUCUGCAAAUUGUUUCAUUACUUUCUAUCAUGCAGUUAUCAAGUCACAAACUACUCGCUUUAGCAGCAACGGCUAUUGUUGCAACUAAUGCUGAAGGUGUUGGUAAGGCACUUGACACCUUAACAACCAUUUCCAUCUUAAAGACACUGGCACUAUUGGUAAUUGUCAAAGACCAGUC